AUGGACCGGUCAGGAGAAUCAACCCCAGCCCUACCCCAAGAAAACACCUAUAUCCCCGGAAGUUCACACAACACGCGGCAAGAUGAAGCCAGUUUCACCGAACCAAGAGAUAAUGAAAUGGUAAUGUCCACAAGCUAUGUACCAGGCCAGAUAUCACAAGUUAACAGAUCUACGACACAGAGCAUCGGUUCAAUGUUGGAUAGAAGCCUUCCACCUGGAGGCCCUGGAGGCUCACUAAGUUGGGUCUCGGACAAAACGAGGGAGCGCGAUAGCUUUCGUAGGAUACGGCUGAACAUCGGGCAUACUGCACCAAACUCGCCUCUGGUACCGGUAGACAUGAACGGGUGGCUGACCCACCGUGUGGAGGUUGUGGAAGACAAUAUCGAGAGAAUGAAUCGAGCUAUAGAGUUGAGGCGGAUGGAAAAAGUUUCGUUUUUCAAGGCGAACAUUCAGACAGCCCUUGACGGAAGACGGUUUGGAGAUUUCCGAUCGACCGUAUUAGCUCAAACAACGAUCUGGAGGCCCGACGAAGUGUCCAAUCCUUCUAGGCCACAGGCUCCAUGGCCGGAUUCAGGCGAACGCAAACAUGAGGGCUACCAGAGAGUACGGUCUGGCUAUAGCCGGUUCCCUCCCCUUCCUCGGGUCCCUGGUAACCCAACAGUCAAUUGGAAACAGCGUUCACCAAUUGCCGCUUAUGAACUUGAUAAGGUUGGUCUGCCGGUCAUACUGCAAGAGGCAACCACAGAAAAUGAUCCAAAUACGGAAUCGAUGAUUGGAGAGUCGCUUCUUCGGGAGAUAGAUGCAUAG